AAUAUCGUGCAAAGUGUGGCCACAAUCUUCCUCAGCAGCGCCACAGCUGAUAGCAUCCACGCCACGCUGCAUCGAGGCAGUAAUUCAUGCAAAAGGGGCCCAAACCAAGUACAGAGUGCGUAUGCAUGGUUAUACUUAUUCUAAUUUUCCGAGUAUCACCUGCUGCUUCAUUUCCAUAGCGCAUGCUCUGUGCCGUUUCUCAUGGUUACGUUUCCUCGGUCAUUCCAAACUCGAACAAAGGAAGGCCGGGCACAUCCCGAUGCGUUUGAUAAUCGGGAUACUGUUGACUCGUGAGGAGGAGACUGACAAUGGCAGAUAUAUGGCGCCAGCUGCCGGGGGGCGGCUCACUCGAGUUAUCAGCGGUUUUUGGCCCGGAGUCUGACGCCACGGGAGGCUGGCCGGAUCAAUGAGCUGCAAUGAUUGUCUCAGUCCAAAUAUUAGCCGUUUUGUGGAUGUCUUUGAUGUCUUUAAGGCUGUUUGCUCCACUUUAUCUAAAUUACAGCCGUUAGAAAGUUGGCAGACGGGGGCGCGCGCCAGGAAAUCGAGCCGGCGGCUGGUUUCGGGGAGCGAGCAGAUAAACGCGUCGUCCGGCUCCCAGGUGCGAGUCGCCGUUUCCAGCGACGAUUAAUGAACUCGUGUGACGAUAAAAUGUCGCGAGGCCCUGCGCGCGUGCAGCUGGGCCCCGCUGUGACUAAAGCAGAAGUCUCCGGUUAUUGUUUAACAUCCAAUCACUUAGUGAGCCGUUACAUACACGAGCGUUUAUUGCUAUCUCAUCCCACAGUGGAUUUCACAGGAAAACACCAAACAUUCAAAUCAGGAGUUAAUCCCACUUGAUUGAGCUGCAACGUUGGGGCCGUGGAUCGCAGUCGGCCUCUAUUACACUGUUAAGAUAAGGCUGCGGCCCGUUUGGCUACACAAAGGUGUGUGUGGGGGUAUAAAAGCAGCGCUGCGUGCUGUCUGUGCUCUGUUCACGUGGGUUUUCCAUCUGACAUUCAACAUUUGUUCAACAUUUUUAAAAACAAUGUUGCCAAAGAAAUGUUAUUCACACAAGUGCAUCAUCGCGCUCUUUGCCUAACUGUCUCACUUCAGCGUGGUGCCAAACCACGGGGAAUGUCUUUUUGCAUAAAGCAAUGAUACCGAUCUCUGGCUGGGACAACCUAAACAGUUUGGACAGCUACCCUCGUGGGCCAAUCCGCUGACUUGUGACAUGAUACUUCCUGGAGCAAAACCAGUGAGAACUAUCAUUUCAAAUCACACGUAUCUUCUCUUUGAAAGCCCGGCUCUAAUGCAAAAUCUCCUCAAAGUUACCAUUAAAUCAUCUCAGACUGCUAACAGACAAGGUCACGAAAACGCUGGACGCUCCUGCUGUGUAACAGUGCAUGUGCUCUUAUAUUUCAUUUAUGUGAAAACGUAUUUCUUAUUGUGCCGAGUUACACAUAUCACUGUGCUAAUACAUAUAUGACACAGCAGCAUGCAGAUACUGCAACAAUAAACGGAUGUUCACUCAUUAUUCGGCCAUGAUCCAGUAACAUGAUUUUGCAUGCAAGUUUUGAUUGAGGUGCUUUGGGUAAAUGCAAACAGUUUUGAGCUGAGUAGGAGUGUGACUUUUACUCAAACAUUAUGGGCGGUGUACACUCUUAGGAGUGUGACCGUGAGGAGGCUGAAGUGUGAGCGGGCCCGUACUUGCAUUUUCAGACCCAGCUACUCUCAGCGCCGGCUCUGUUCCAUUACAUUCGUCUGUUUUCUGAUUACCUGUUUGCGUCGCGUCGAUUCUUCUGAAACACAAUUAUCUCCCCUCUCCUGUCAUCCGACCACUGUGGAGUUCGUUAAGAACUGCGUGCAAGCCAAUCAGAAACGGCCGCCGGCCACCUGCAGGAAGUUGGCCGUCCACUUAUCUCCUCCCUCCUUCGGCUGCAGACAGAUAACAGCAGCAACAGUUGAACAGAGUGGCAGCUCCUCAGCAACCUGAUGGACACUAAAACAGUGUAACGGUCUCCCGAGCAGCUCGGAAACAGGCUCUGGUCGUUGUGUUUCGGGACUGGCUGAGCAGAGGUUAGCGCGGCUCAUAAAAAGUUGCUGUGAUAGAAAGAGGAAGGCUGCGGGACUAAAGACGCGAAGCUCUCCCCUAGUUUGGAUCCAGUGCGCAGCAGCGGUGAUCGGCAUCAUGAGCGUCCCGCUUUACGCACCGACCCCAAUUCAGCCGGCACACCCGACCCCCUUCUACAUCGAGGACAUUCUGGGGAGGACCUCCACCACCACCUCCACAUCUCCGUCCUAUUCUUCAUCGCCAACGUCUUCAUCUUCCUGCUCCACUCCGGUCAUCCCCACGCCGACUCUCCCGUCUCCCAACUCGUCCUUCAAAAGUUUGAUCUCGCCGUACAGAACCCCGAUUUAUGAACCCACGCCGAUCCACCCCGCGCUGUCCCACCACGCUGCGCUGACGGCGACGUACGCCUCGGCGGGGGCUUUCACCGGCUCCUUUUACCCGUUUCACCAGCAACACCACCGCUCCAUGGGGGAGUACGCACAGGCGCUGCUCAGGCACGACCCUCUCGGGAAGCCUCUGCUGUGGACGCCGUUCAUCCAGCGGCCCUUACAUAAGAGAAAAGGCGGCCAGGUGCGCUUCUCCAACGACCAGACCAUCGAGCUGGAGAAGAAGUUUGAGACACAGAAGUACCUGUCACCUCCAGAGAGGAAACGCCUGGCCAAGAUGCUGCAGCUCAGCGAGAGACAGGUUAAAACCUGGUUCCAAAAUCGACGUGCGAAGUGGCGAAGACUAAAACAGGAGAAUCCUAAGAGGGAGGUGGAGGAUAACAGUUCCAGAGGUAAGAAAGGAGAUGAGAUGAUAGAGGCUGCCGGAAUCCAGAACCAGGAGCAGAGGCAGCCAGGCUCGGCCCCCGAGUUGGCGCAAGCGGGACACUGUGUGUCCCGACAGCAGGCCCACACAGAGCUGGACUCUGACGUGUCAGACGACACAGACCAAGAACUGGACAUAGAGGACGACGAGGACUUCACACUAAACCCCCAGUUCUGAAACACAGGCUCCAUAAAGAUCUGCCUCAGACACUGAAGCUCUCAUGCGUCGCUGUAACUCCUUCCUCCUCCUCCUCCUCCUCCUCCUCCAGCCUGGUGACUUGCAGAUUGAUAGACUGGUUCCGGAUGUAAUACUAAGACAAGUCAGCCCCUCAAACCCGAGUGCCUUUCAUCAGAACUGUCUUCUUUGUUGAACCUGUGUACAUAUGCGUAAUGUUCUGUGUGUGUGUGUGUGUGUGUGUGUGUGUGUGUGUGUG